AGCAUGUUCGGCGAAGAAGAGCAAGCAGGAAACUAAACAGGAAGGAGUAGAAGCAGGAAGGAAUGCAUCGGUGAUUUGGUUUAUGCUGUUUUUAGAUUAUUCCGUUUUCGUUUCACAUUUUUUUUAAUGCAAGAGAAAGGGUUCUUUGGAGAUACGGGAAAUAUGUAAAAGGCACCGUUCUGCCAGGAGGAUUCAAGUCAGUGUAAGGUCCAUCAUUCUCUACGGAGACAUCCUGAGCGUACCAGGCAGGGAACCAACAGCAGUCUUUCAACAUGGCAUAUCGACAUGGUCGGGUAUCAAUUAGAGAAGCAUAUGAAGAUCACUUCUCAGCAAUGGGUGCAAGAGAUGUACGAGAGGUGAAAGUCCAUCGAGUCGUCAAUAUCGUUGAAAAGAGGAAUUCUAUGCCUCGACCAAUGGACGGGUACGACAGAGGCUAUGAUGAUGACCAGUGGUAUGGUGGUCCUCGAAAUUACGCGAGAGAAUGUCACGGUGAAGAUGGUUACCCGCCCAGUGAUCGCAGAUACUAUGAGGAAAGCCACAGUUAUCGCAGAAAUUCUCCACCCCCACGAAAUGAGAGCCAGUACUCCCAGCAGUCCUACAGCAGAGAUGAUUUGAGGCAUCAGUUAGGCUCAAGGCACCGUGGCAGACCUGCCCCCCAGUUCCGCAGCAGAGGACGAGGCUCAGGUCCUCCUCGAAGACAUGACCGGAGUGAUCACCGGAGCUCUCCGCCUAUAGUGGUCAAACGGGAACGCUCUCCUGUAAGCAGGGAACUCCCGCCACCAGUGCGCUCCGGAUCCAACACAAGCAGCAGGAGCUUCUCCCCCGACAGGGACAAAGGCCACCUCCACCAGCAGGCCCAGAAAAAGCAUAAGUCCAGUGUACCCACCAGCCACACUCCUAGUAGCUCCGCGGAGGGCUCUCCUCACAGUUCAGGAUCUUCAAAGGAAAAAACUCCUGGAUCUGUGGCGGAGACGGAGGAGGUGGUGGCUGCCAGCAUGGAGCCAAAGCUGACAUCAGAGGAAGACAUCAAGGCUCGCCGGUUGGAGGCCAUUAAAGCUAAGGCUCUGGAAAUCGAGAAGCAUUACAGGCAGGACUGUGAGACAUUUCGCACUGUGGUGAAGAUGCUGGUGACCAAGGAGCCAAGUUUGGAUAAUCUGCUGCAGGCUCCACUGGAUGCAAACCUGUCUGAGAUCAAACAACGCUGCCUUGAUGACCUGAGGCAUUUUGUGAAGGAACUGGACGAGGCCAUCACCCAAGGGAGAGAUGGGCCUGACCAUGGCAGCUUCAACAUAUCUUCUGCCACCCAUGUCCCGAUGAAAGAGGAUAUUCCAAAAAUUUGUUCAGUAACCCCAACCAGCACUGACAGAAAACAAGAAGGAGGAAAGCAACCUGGAAAUACAGGGGACUCUGCCCAUUACAUAGCCAGGAAUCAAGGAGGAGGAAAGCAAACUGGGAAUACAGAGAACUCCACCUCUGGCCCAGAAAUAUAUGUACCUGUGAAACAAGAGAACCUGGCCACUCUUGGACCAGAAAACAGCUACUCUGAACCAAUGGAGUUGCUAUCUGCGAGCGCCCCACCUCCUGCCAAGCAAGGCUCCAUGGAGGACAUUACAAAGCGCCUGCAGCUGUACAGCCACAGAGGUGAAAAAUUCAGAAAUUAUCAACUCUCAGAUCCCAUUGCCUGGCGGGAUAUAACCUACGCCAGACCAGGAUGGGUACCAAACAGCCUGCCGUAUCUCCAGAUUGGUGAACGGUACUGGGAACUAAAGGCUGAAAGCACUUUUUCCUUUGCUAAAACCCCAGGACAUGCAAAAAGUCAGAUGAAGGAUAAGGUGGUCUGUGGAUUAACCUUUUAUAAUCAUGAUGAAGGCCCUUGGUGCGAGGUCCAGUCUGAAAAUGGGGCCAGGAUCUGUAUCCUCGCCGCCCCUCCAUCAACCACACGCGUCCCACCUUUGACUGUGCAGGAACCAGUCGGAACAGAAUGUGAAAGUGGAUGCUAGGAGAGGGUCGAGGCCAAGGUUGCAUUCUGCCAGUGCUCCCUACCAGAGUACACACAAGGGGAACCAAGCUUAAAGGUCCAGUGUGUGGGAUGUAGGUGCUGAAAUGUACUAUCAUAUUUAUUAUAAUAUUUGAAUCCAUGUAUAAUAACCUUCUUUUAUGAGUUUCUGCCAUGUUGCACUGCCAUUUGUCUACAGUAGCCCAUAAUGGACAAACCAGACACUGACUCUUGAGAGGGACUUCUGGUUUUUUAUGCAGCCUCCGUAUGGGAGUGUGAGAUGAUGGGUGUGCAGUUGGUUGCAUUCUGUAACUUGAUCCUGCAUACAUAAAUCAUGCAUACUGUAUCACCAGUGAGGAGCGUUGCAUUACGUUUUCAACAUAUAUAGGCAAAAACUCCUCCUCAGCUCCAUUGUAUAAAAGAACACAGACUGAGGUAGUAAGGUUCAUGGGAAACAAUACAUAUAACUAUAUAGAAGUGGCAAGCAUAGUAACUUUUACUCUGUAUUGUAUUUUGCACAAUGCUUGAGACCUUUUGGUGAAUAAAUCCAAGUAGAUAAUAGGAUCUAUGAAAAGACA